GAUUUUUGAUCGAUCCAGUUUGUUGGCAAACUCACAUAAUGAGUCUUCGGCUUCAAAAAUUGCCAUCUUUUCUUAUACUUUAAUCUGAUUUCAGAGUUCUUGGUGAUGAUCUGAGAGGUAGAAGGCUCUUCUUGACCUCAGGGUCCGAUGGUAGGAUUAGUGUUUCAAUAUCCAUCUUCGAAAUCUUUCUUGUUGACCUUGCCUUUGUUAUCUUUCAAAGUGUUCAUAAAUUGUCUGGUUGCAUUAGGAAUCUGAGGAGUACAAUCAUCCUCUUCAAUAGCUUGGCAGUCACCAUCCCAAAUAUUUUGGUUGGUAUAAAAUGAGUUGACUAAGAUUUUUGAGCUCAUAUAUUA